UCAAGUUAAUUUGUGCAAAGUUAACAUAACAUAACAACCAUUCCCUGAACUAACCUUCACGUCACUUCUUCCAAGUCCCAUAAAGCAACCACCAACAUCUUUCUUCCCUUCCCUACCUUUCAUUCCUCUCCUCAUUAUUCUUUUCUUUUAACAAACAAGACCAUGGAAAUGAGAUUGGGACUCUUGUUUCUGGUUGUAUUGGGUGCUGCCUGGGCUUGUGAUGCAAAAGAACUGGCAAACCCUUUUCAUUGGAGCAUUAAUAGAGUAAACUCUGGCUCUUCAGGACUAAACAAAAUACCAGAUGUUUGUGAACUUUGUGAGGAAUAUACUUCCAAGGCACUUGAUUAUAUAAAGGAAGACAAGACCCAGAAUGAGAUUAUUGGUAUUCUUCACAAUACUUGCAACCAGCUUCGCUCAUUUGAGCAAAAGUGCAUUGCUUUGGUGGACUAUUAUGCUCCUCUUUUCUUCUUAGAAAUAGCUGCAGUUCAGCCUGGAGAUUUCUGCAACAAGGUCAACCUCUGUCAGAACAUUGCAAGUACUUCCUUACAAGUUCAAGAAAACAGCUGCGAGUUUUGCAAAGAUACUGUUUCAGCACUAUUGUUAAAGUUAAAAGAUCCUGGCACUAAGCUCGAGAUAAUUGAGACACUACUGAAGGUGUGCAGUUCUGUUGAUAAGUACGCCAGUAAGUGCAAGAAGUUGGUUUUCGAGUAUGGGCCCUUUGUUUUUGACAAUGCAGAGAAAUUCCUGGAGAAGACUAAUAUAUGCACUGCAUUGCAUGCCUGCGAGUCGUCUUCACUCUUCAGCAGUAUUUAGCCAAAGAGCCUUUCUUUCUGACUCUUAAUUAUGGAAACAAAACUUUAACCAGAUUCAUGGUGCACCUGAAUCUGAAUGUAAUUUUUUCUAAACUAUCAUCUAUAGAUGUAUUGGUAUAUCCUCAAAAAAGUUACUUCCUAAAUAAUGGUUGUAAUAGUCAACCUUGUUUAGUAGAUUGGAUUUUUAUACACACUGUUCAUCAAGAGUAAAAAUGUAAAUGCUUUAUCUAUGUAUUUAUGCUGUACAA